AUGUCUUACCGUCUGUACGAAGGAAAGGAACAUGCUUCAUCCUACUGGAAGUACAGGAUCUCUCCAUCAGAUCAUCUAAUACAACAAGUGCUCAACUUCCUGGAAAAACAGAUGGAUCAACCCUUUGAGCUGGCAGUGGAUGUUGGUUGCGGCUCAGGUCAGGGCACACUGCUGCUGGCCAAACAUUUUGCUUCUGUGGUGGGGACAGAUGUUAGUCCUGCUCAGCUGGAAAUGGCUUCGCAGCAUGCCAAAGAGCCAAACAUCACUUAUAGACAGUGUGUGGCCGAAGAGCUGCCGUUCGCUGACAGCUCAGUGGACUUGGUGACGGCCAUGUCGGCCUUCCACUGGUUCGACCGACCUCGCUUUCUUCAGGAGGCCCACAGAAUCCUGAAGCCCCGUGGCUGCUUGGCUCUGCUCAACUACACCAUUGACAUGCAGCUGAGCUACCCUGACUGCUGCUCACACACACUCACCCAAGUCUGCAAAGAGUUCUAUGCAGCCUUGCAGCCUUACCGCAGUGCCCACCUUGGUCCCAGCUCUAUUGAGUUCUACCGCGAGGCCCAUGGAUCCAUCCCUUACCCUGACAAGGAGUGGCACGAGUGUGUGUGGGUGGAAAGGCCCAUGCCUCUGUCCAGUUACAUGGGGUUGGUGGAGUCCUUCUCCAGCUAUCAGGCGCUGCUGAAGGAGGACCCGCAGAAAGCCACGGCACUCUCUCAAGACGUCUGUCAAAGGUUGAUGUCCAUAAUGAGGGUGACCUCUGUGGAGACGGAGGUGGUGGUGGCUGUGAAGUAUUUUUACCUCCUGGCCUGCAAACCGCAGGAAGCUUGA